AUGUUAUCCCUGCAGCCUUCAGUCGCCGAAAACUCCGUAGCCGCGAAGUCCUACAGUACCGAAGUUUUGGCGCAGCCCACGCCAAGUGCGGAGGAGAGACACUAUCCGGAGAAGAUCACCCGGAUAGUGGACGACAUCGCCAAGCUUACGCUCAUGGAAGUGGCCGACUUGAACGAACUUCUCAAGAAAACCCUUAAUAUUCAAGAAACACCUAUGAUGGCAGGAGCUUGGGCAGCAGCGCCAGCGGCCGCCGCACCUCAAGAGGAGGACGAAGGUGACAAAGUGGCCAAGGUUCAGACGUCGUUCACGGUGAAGCUCGUUAAGUUUGAAGACUCCAAGAAGAUCCAGCUUAUUAAGGAGAUCAAAAACCUCAUGGAGGGCAUCAACCUUGUACAGGCCAAGAAGUUUGUGGAGAGCGCGCCCCAGGUCGUGAAAGCAGAGUUGCCGAAAGACGAGGCAGAGAAGCUUAAAGCGAGUAUCGAGAUGGCCGGUGGAACGUGCGAGAUCGUCUGAGAAGACGAGGACGGCCAAUCCGCAUCCGACGGUGCGGCGUAGGAACUGUACAGUUUUCGUAAUUUUCUUCCAAAGGAAGAUGUGUCGCAAACCUUGAUCACUGUCCAGAAACACAAGUACCAUCGCUUAAUGCUGGACAUUUCUUUUUUUCGUUAUUUUCACGCAUAUUUGUAUUGCACCCCAAGCUCUGCAGGUGCCUGUAUAGCAUAGAAA